GUCGUUUAUCGUUAUCCAAAAUAAACCUAAUCUGCAAAGUGAAUUUAUUUUUACGGCGGCAUCAGGAAAACGCUGUAAUCACAGACCGACGGACCAGUUGAGCUCCGCCUCAGUUCCGUCUAAAUUCAAAUUAGAAAAUUAGUUUUUUCUUCCAUACUAGUUGUAACCAAAUAAUAAUUAUUCCAACAUGACAAUUGUUUAUUAAAAAAAAUUAUCUAAAAUAAAAUAAUUAGCUCAGAUUUGGUUAUAGCAUUGCAUUUGCAGCACUCGUUGCAUACUAAAAACAAACAUCAACUCCAGAAAUCUGAUCGGAUCCGGUUUUGAUUUUCGCUUUCACCGAUGUCGAUUCAGAUUUGAUUGUUCGAUUUUCGAGAAUUACUACUAGUAGUAGUAGUAGUUUCAUUUCUUGUUGGAAUCUGAAAAUCUCGGAUUUCAUUGGCGGCGCCGGCGAGGGCGAUUCAGAUUCACUUCAUUUGAUCGGAGAUUCGGAAUUGUUGUCUCAAAAGGAGAACAGAAGCGCUUUUUCAGGCUGUGUGGAAUUGAUAAUUCCAGUGAUUAUUGCUAAACACGCUUAGAUUUUUUGUGUGUACUACAUGGGGUGUCGGUGUUCUAAGCUCACACCAUGUUGCUGGGGUUCUCAGUUCAAGGCAGCAGUGCUGGAGGGCCCGGAGAUUGAGAAUGAGGAUAAGGGUGAGGUUGAUAACUUGCCUGUGUUUCGGGAAUUCACGUUGGAGCAGCUUAAGAGUGCCACUUCUGGAUUUGCAGUAGACAACAUUGUGUCAGAGCACGGGGAGAAGGCUCCGAACGUUGUCUAUAAAGGGAAAUUGGAGAAUCAGACAAGUAUUGCUGUUAAACGCUUCAAUAGAGUGGCUUGGCCUGAUGCACGCCAGUUUUUGGAAGAAGCAAGAUCAGUUGGCCGGCUACGCAACAAUAAAUUGGCAAAUUUACUUGGUUGUUGCUGUGAAGGUGAUGACAGGUUGCUGGUGGCAGAAUACAUGCCCAAUGAAACGCUUGCCAAACACCUAUUUCAUUGGGAAGCACAACCUAUGAAAUGGGCAAUGCGAUUAAGGGUUGUACUCCAUCUAGGGCAAGCUCUAGAAUACUGCACGAGUAGAGGGCGUGCCCUUUAUCAUGACCUUAAUGCUUACAGAGUUUUAUUUGAUGAGGAAGGAAAUCCAAGACUGUCAACAUUUGGCCUGAUGAAAAACAGUAGGGAUGGAAAAAGUUAUAGUACAAAUUUGGCAUUUACUCCUCCCGAGUAUUUGAGAACUGGAAGAAUAACACCAGAAAGUGUAAUAUAUAGCUUUGGGACUCUUCUGCUUGAUCUUCUUAGUGGCAAGCACAUCCCUCCCAGUCAUGCCCUUGACUUGAUACGGGACAGAAAUCUUCAGAUGUUAACAGAUUCAUGCUUGGAAGGACAGUUUUCAGAUGAUGAUGGGACUGCGCUAGUACGCUUAGCUUCUCUUUGUUUACAACAUGAGCCCAGAGAACGGCCCAAUCCAAAAUCAUUAGUUGCUGCUUUGACACCUCUUCAGAAGGAAACAGAGGUUCCUUCAAAUGUCUUGAUGGGUAUCCCUCAUAGUGCUUCUUUCUCAUCUCUGUCCCCUCUUGGCGAGGCAUGCUCGAGAAGGGACUUGACUGCCAUACAUGAGAUAUUAGAGAAUCUUGGGUACAAAGAUGAUGAAGGAGUGGCAAAUGAGCUCUCCUUCCAAAUGUGGACAGACCAAAUGCAGGAAACAUUAAUUUCAAAGAAAAAGGGUGAUGCAGCUUUCAGGCAAAAAGAUUUCAGGGAAGCAAUUGAGUGUUAUACACAGUUUAUUGAUGUUGGAACCACGGUUUCUCCUACGGUUUUUGCACGGCGUAGUUUGUGUUAUCUCAUCAAUGACAUGCCUCAGGAAGCCUUAAAUGAUGCAAUGCAAGCGCAAGUCAUCUCCCCUAUAUGGCAUGUAGCCUCCUAUCUUCAGGCAGCUGCUCUUGCUGUAAUUGGAAUGGACAAUGAAGCUCAAACAGCCCUUAAGGAAGGUGCAACUCAAGAAGCCAAGAGGAGCAAAACUUCUGGACAGAAGUGAAGGUCAUGGAUAGACCUCUUUGUUUCAGAAUUCCAUCUAGGAGGCUAAUUGAAUUGCUAUAAUUACAAAGUUGGUACAGCAAAUUUGCAUUCAAUUCCAUAGUUCAGCUACAGAAAAGCAGUGUUCUCCACUUAAUGCUGGGACAGAAUCAUGGCGUUGAUUUGUUCUUGAUUCUAGGUGAAAUAGAAGAGUGUAGGGUUCGGACUUCUCUUUUUCUUUUUUGAGUAUGUGAGAAGUUAGUCUCAUUCUCUGUGCAGUUUGAUCCGUGCGUCAUUGUCCCAAUAUCUUUCCCAACACAGUCACUUCGAGUGGGAAAAAAAAAACAACAUAUUUUUCUCAUUUUUCCAAAGGGAAAUUUCUAGGAGGAUUGAGAAGAACAAACUGUUAACAAUGAUGUCUGAUUAGUUUGUGUAUGGAUACCACGCUUAGCAUAUUUUUUAUUAUAAAAUCAACUACGCUUA